AAAUCGAGACUAAUGUUCGAUAACGUUGGGAAUGGGCUUUAAACAAGUGAAUUUGAAGCCAGAGAGAAAGAGAUAGAGAGAUUUUAAGUUAACCUCAGUCAACCGGUUGUAACUUGUCACAAGUAUCAUAUCUCCUUUAGCCACGUCAAACUUAUUUUAGAAAAAUGGUGGAAAUAGAGUCAAUGAUAAGAUAUAUCUCACCUGUAAACCCAGCUGUCUUUCCAUUGCUGGCGCUGGUGCUACUAGGAAUCGGAGUGUUUUUUACAGCUUGGUUCUUCGUGUACGAAGUCACAAGCACCAAAUUCACACGAGACAUCUUCAAGGAACUCUUAAUUUCCUUGGUUGCUGCAAUAUUCUCUGGUUUUGGAGUGUUAUUCCUACUCCUCUGGGUUGGAAUUUAUGUAUAGCUUAAUUGAUGAGAGAAAAUAAGUACACUUGAUGACAUUUAAGUUUGGGAGGAAAACAUUUUUUUCAAGAUUUAUUAUAAUACUAUAGUUGAAUAAACACAUCUGUGGAUAUUUUGUA